CAAAACGCCUGUCAGCACUUCUCGGUUUUUCGGAGGAACCAUGUACGCCGUAUAUAUCCCUAUCACUUUCACCUGUGGCUUUUGUCUAGUGCAACGCCAAGUCUAGUCGCGACUGCAUUCCGAGCGGGUGUCCGAGAAAACCGCCUUCCCGACGAGAUAUGGGAGCGCGAUAGCUACAAUAACCACCUCACCCCUUCCUGCCUGAGACACCAACCUGCCAAACCUCACAUCUUAUGACGAUGGCUACUUCGACCCCAACUGACACUUCACGCAAAGUCACUCACCUCGUCGUUCUAGUUCAUGGGCUCUGGGGCAACCCCGAUCACCUGAAGUAUCUCACCACCAGCAUUCGCGAGCGAUAUCUGGAUCUCGACGUUCUUGUACCCAAGAGUAAUUCCGGUAGCUUCACCUACGAUGGCAUCGAGCUUGGCGGCGAGCGCGUUGCAAACGAGGUCGAAGCAAGACUUGAGGAACUAAAGAAGGAUGGCCACGACGUCAAGAAAUUCAGCAUCACUGGAUAUUCGCUGGGAGGCCUUGUGGCAAGAUACGCGAUCGGGCUGCUCUACCACAAGGGCGUCUUUGAGCAGAUCGAACCAGUGAACUUCACCACAUUCGCUACACCACAUCUUGGUGUCCGAACGCCGCUACGAGGAUACACCAGCCACGUAUGGAACGUACUGGGAGCCAGGACGCUUUCCGCCAGUGGCAGGCAGCUCUUUGCUAUCGACCAGUUCCGAGACACCGGCCGACCUAUUCUGGCAGUAUUGGCGGACUCUGACGCUAUCUUCAUCAAGGCCCUGGCACAGUUCAAGCACCGUAGCCUAUAUGCGAACGUCGUCAACGACCGCACGGUGACCUACUACACUGCCGGUAUCUCCCAGACAGACCCGUUCAUCAAGCCAGACGAGGUCAAGAUUAACUAUCUCCCGGGCUAUGACGAUGUCAUUGUUGACGGCGAGAAUCCAGUUUCGCCAAAGGAGCAAGAGCCUACACCAGCCCUCGUCCAUCGCUUGACUGCCUCCACGCGAACAGUGUUCGGCCGCGUUCCUCUCCUCGCCUUCCUUGUUGUCUUUAUUCCAAUCGGUACUACGCUCUUCCUCUGCAACUCUGUGAUCCAGUCCUUCCGCAGCCAGCAGCGUAUCCGCCUGCACAAGUCGGGAGGAGCUGGCAUUGAAGCAGACCGAUACCGUGUUCCCCUCAUGCUCAAUGCCGCUCGCAAGGAGGUAGAAGACAUGUUCGAGAACGUCAACAACGCCCAUGAGCAAGAGUAUCUGGGCAGCGACAGCGAGGAGAUGGCCUCACCAACCCAGCCCACGUCCCCCAGGUUCGAACGUAAGAACCCAGUCGCCGAUGUAGAAGCCACCCAAGAGUCGAAGUCAGGAUCUGUUCUCGAGUUCCCGGCUCUUGCGUUGAGACAGGAUCAAUUCAAGAUGAUCGAGGCUCUCGACAACGUCGGCAUCAAGAAGUUUCCGGUCUAUAUCCACAACCACCGCCACUCGCACGCCGCCAUCAUUGUGCGUAUGGAUCGGAAGUCCUUCGAUGAGGGCAGGAUUGUCGUUAAGCACUGGCUAGACAACUUUGAGGGUUAAAAAACGGCAAUCGACCACAGGUCAUGAUAUAGCACUAGAGCACGGUGUACACAUGUACACAUCCAGGAGGCCUUCGACACUCUGGGAUCUUUUGCAGCAUUUCAGCAUUUAGUGUUUUUUGUCAGGAGUUACAAGGUCUGACGAUUUAGCGCAUACCCAGUACAGAGUCAACAUCUGCAUUUCCAACGUUCAAUCAAUUCAAAAGUCUAGUCCACAUCCUGUUCUACACUGCACGUCCUCAACUUCGUGAUGCCUUCGUAAACCUCGAGGCUUAGACCCUUCCACGCAGUACGCAGCUCACUGCGCGUUAAGCACGCGGCUCUCCACCUUUUUCAAAAAGCUUGCCACGUCAACCGAAAGCUUAGCACACGUUCCUGCGUUUCACACACUACUUCAUUCCAGAGCCUUAUCCUGCCCUCGCAUCCAGG